AUGAAAAUGGUGCAGCUCUCCUGGUCGGAGAAUCCCAAACUGAGACCAACAUUUCGGGAGUUAGAAGAUGCAUUACAUUUUGGAUUACCUUCUUCGUACUCUAGCAAAUCAAACAUCGUGGAUCAUAUGCUCAAAAUUAUGGAGAAGUAUUCUUCCAAUUUGGAGAGCCAGGUGAAUCAACGCACGGAGGAGUUGCAAGUUGAAAAGCAGAAGACAGAAACGCUUAUUGCCAAAAUGCUUCCUCCAUCUGUUGCUCAAGCACUGCUUUCUGGUGCGCCUGUAGACCCCGAGGCAUUCUCUGAGGUGACCAUAUCCUUUAGUGAUAUAGUCGGAUUCACCACAAUCUCGGCUAAAUCAUCACCUCUGCAAAUUGUCAAUUUACUUAACGAUCUCUACACAACCUUUGACGAUAUGAUUCAGACAUUUGAUGUUUACAAGGUCGAGACCAUCGGUGACGCCUACAUGGUCGCGUCUGGUUUGCCUAUUCGAAAUGGGCGUAAGCAUGCGGGUGAAAUUGCAACAAUGGCAUUGGAACUUAUUAGCAUUAGUGGGUCCUUCCAAAUUCCCCACAUGCCGGGAGUUCCACUUUACCUGCGUCUUGGAAUCAAUUCGGGUCCCUGUGUGGCCGGUGUAAUUGGUUUAACAAUGCCACGCUACUGCCUCUUCGGUGACACUGUCAACACAGCUUCGAGGAUGGAAUCCACCAGCACAGCAAAGGCCAUUUUGGAUGAACUUGGUGGCUACAAACUGGAGCACCGAGGAAAAGUUUUUCUCCGGGGAAAAGGCGAGGUGGAUUCUUAUUGGUUGGUUGGCAAAGAUGGCUUCAAAAAGGACUUGCCCAAACCACCAGACGGUGAUGCGUGA